CGAGGAAGGCGUGACCAGCAUGGGGAAUGCUACAACCCGAGACACACUCCCUCGCACACCGACACACGCACAUUCCCUUUCUUUCGCUCUCUUUCUCACUCCAAACCUCUGACAAAGAUAAGCCAGCCGGCUGAACGUUGGCAAGCGCGCACUCCGGGGUUCGCAACCCGCCCUGUCUCGAGAGGGUAUCAGAGAACCCUAAAAGGAGGGGGACCCCCAGGAAAGAGCAUGAGGCUUUUGCUGGUUUGGUGCCUCUGUGCCACGCAGCUGUUCAGCGCAGAGGCCAUCGAGAGGAACGACAUGUUUGGGGAGAUCCUCUCCCCCAGCUUUCCGGACUCUUAUCCCAGCGACUCGGAAGUGACGUGGAACAUAUCAGUGCCGGACGGAUUCCGCGUGAGGCUCUACUUCAUGCACUUCGACCUGGAGCCAUCCUACCUUUGCGAAUACGACUACGUGAAGUCUGGAUUCUGUCCCCAAAGAAUCUGGGAGAUCAUCAACGGCCAGGGCUUUGUGAGAAUCUACUGGCCAAAUGCACCCAGCGCCCUCCUGUAGAUCAGAGAAGGACCCAGCAGAUGCAUCUGUGAACAUACCAAGCCUGGUUAUGGUUUUCAUCUUGGUUGGUGCUAGUGUAUUGGGCACCCAGAGCUCAUUUGGUAGAAUACUGGCCAGUGUAUUAUAAGGACCAGAAAAUGGGUUGAUUCAGGUUUCGGGUAAAGUGUGUUGUGUGAAUAUACCCA